AAUGAUCUUGCGCUCAUUUUCCUGGCUGGCUGCUCACGAGCUGGUAGAAGCAGCAGAAGCCUCUGUCCUUCCAGUAAGAGAGGGUGUGGCUAAACCCCAACCCCGCUCCACUGGUUCCUCCAUCAGCAACAGCAUCCCUCAUCAAAAUGGAGGAAUAUAUCCAGCAAGAUUCCAGUGUAGACCGGGUAGGUCAUAAAGUGAUCUGACUUCUAUUGAUCUCGGCUACAAACCAGGAGCCUGGCGCCCAUAUUCGCACAUACGCCCGUGCAUACAGCUGAAAUCUGGAAAAAUAUACAUUUUUUUAUUUCGUGAAAGCAUUGUUGUCAUUAAAUCGGGAUGUUUGAUAAAUCUUUCGCAUUGUUUUGUAUUUCUGAGCCACCAGAUAUGAAACAUUUUCUGGGGGAGCAUGCCCCUAGACCCCCCUAAUUUGGAGUGCCUUCGGCGGUCUAACCUUUCUUCCCAUGUGUACAUGUACGCCUUCAAAAUCUCACGCUACGCUCCCGCAAACUGUGUUGUCAAUUUUCUGGGUUGUAACUUAGGUUUACUCAAUUAAUUUGCAUUCGCCACUUGAGCAUUUCCCUAGCCUGUAUGUCAGGCCCUCAGAUAGUAGGGAGGUCGUGAAAACAGGUCAAGCCAAGUCCACGAUUUUUUUUGCACAUUACUUUCUUGGAGCCUGGAUUAGACUGACAUUUCCCAUAAUACACCUUGUUUCAACAUCAGCGUCAAGUCUCAUCGCGCCAGUAGGCGCAUAAGGCCUCCUAAAAAUGUCCCCUAAAAUUUUGUACUAGUGAUGCUGAAGACGCACUAAGCGGUCGUCUUAUUUUACACUCAGGGAUUCGAGUCAGUGGACCUCAUGAUUCAUCUGGCAGAGGGCAUGAUCCACUGCUCAGGACUGCUCAAAGGUAACAACUAUCAGAUAUGGAUGAGAUUUAUGUGGCAAACUGGCCUACCUACCCUACCCUAAACCAAUGUGAACAUUACCUUUUCACCAAGGACAAAAUGUUGGGUUAGGAGAGGGGUAGGUGGGAAGUUUCUGAGACUCUUUUGCAGUGAAAGCUCCCUAUCAGCGACCACUCUGGGAAUUCAUAAAAGUGGUUGCAGCUAGAGCUAGUUCAGUUUAUAAGAGAGAUCCUGAGAUAAAACUCUUGAGGGUGGACGCUCAGGAAAAAAUAAAUUGUCGUUGAAGGAAAUCGUGUUAUCUCAAUCCUAAAUCUUUUGUACGUAGCCCGUCAUGGUUAUUACAAGCUUUGCCUCUUAAAUCCCUUCACGCUGUCUUUUCUCUCUCUCUCUCUCUUUCUCUUUCUCUCUCUGGAUAAGAAUUCAACCGAGCAGGCCAUCACAGAACGUGACAUCUUGUCGAGGAAUCAGACUGGCGAACAUCACAGAUGGACCAUCCGUGGUUCCUAAUAAGAAGCCCUCUCCGAGUCCCUUCAGAGUGUCACCGUUUGGACUCUCAAGGAGCGUCACCAAAAGGAGCUCUUUACUGGACAGUGACAGUGACUCUGACGAGGAACAUGAUAUUUUGGGGCCCUUGGAUGGUGAUACUGAUAGCAAUAUGGACCUAGACGAGCCAGAACCCAGCUCUGUUUCUAUGGCAACAGGAAUUACUCAUGACCACCCUUACGCCUGGGCUUUGGAUGGAAGGGUAACAGGUUCAAAUGAGGGGAAUGGUAUGCCAGGGCAUAUUCAUGUAAGUACUGAACUACAUGUGAGGUAUCUGUGAACUUAAAACAAAUUAUGCACUGAAGCACACGUACCAACUCCGCGGUAUCUGUAAACUUACAAGUGAAACAUACUUUCAUGUCGCUCUUGCAGAGCAGCUGUCAGUUUUUAAAAGCUUACCAAUCUUACUCGAACAACCCCCACACCCCCAUCUUCUCGGAAAUUGCCUCCUUUUGGACUCCCUACUUCCCCUGGAAUUUCCGUUACCCUCCGUGGCGGGGGUGCCGAUAUUUCUGGAACUACACAUUGUACGUGUGUACUUGAGUAGAAUGCGAGAAAGGUCUAGUGUCGUAAGAGAGAAUACAGCUAUUUUUUCUUUUUCCUGUAAUUAAGUACCCUGUCAAAUAGUUCUGUUACUGAUUACAGAUCCCACAGUUGGCCUCAAGCGUGAUAUCUCCACCCAGCAUCCACACUGGAAACUGCUACUUGACUCGUAUGUUCGCACGGUUGGUGAAGGAAACGCUGGACCUUAUGUCCUCUCUCUGAAGAUUCAGGCCCCUCCCAGCAGGGGGCAGGCAGUGAAGCCGUCCUACCCGCCUUGUCACUUGACCAGCAGGAGUGCAAACUGAUUCAGGACUCUAUGAUGUCCACCCUGGAGAAAUCGUGGGCGUGGCUCGCUGGGGUGUUGGAUGUGGUUGAGGGGCAGUUACGAAUGGGAAAGCAAUUUGAUACUAAGGUUUGUCAUUGUUGGUGUAUAGACCUCUUUCAUAAUGGCGGCCUACUGAUAUAUUCUUUCAUAUGUAUGAUAAUGGUCCUCGUUUGAAAGUAAUUUGAUUUUGCUAAGGUUUGUCAAAAGUUACCUAUAAAAAAAAAAUACAUUAAUAGGCUUCAUUUGAAAGAGGUCUCUGUCAUUUGCUCAGCUAUAGCCAAAGCCUUUCAACUCUUAAGAAGUCGACUAGAGUACGAAAAAUUAAGAAAAUCCCAAUUUUUACUCUGGAAAAUACUGCAAAAGAGUAAUUCCCGUGACCAAGAGUGCCACAAAGACUUCGUUUGAAUGGUCAUACCGUCGGUUUUGGUCCACAGAUUCAAAAGUUAGAAUUACAGUACACGCCUUCAUAACUGUCCGUGACGUCAUUCUUCCCAAUUUUUUAAUCAAUUGGUCAUUGACGUUCUUCCCGAUUUUUUCUAACCAUUAAAAAAUAUUGACCAUCGACGUUUGUCAUUCAAAAUCACUUGUCUUCAUUUUCUUCAAAUUUUUGGACCGCAAUCAAUCAUGUAAUUUAUUAACGUCUUCGGAUUUGUCAUCACUGUGUUUGUUUGGGGUGGCAAACAAAGAGCAUUAUGGUAUGUUAUGAUGUUUUCUGCAGUGGUCAAUUGGACCGCUGUAUGUCUUCCAAAUUUGUUCACCGUGUUAUAGGAUAAUUAACUGAGAGAUUUAAGCCAAUCAGAAACGGGUAAGUUUUUUGAAUAAAUAUUAACAAAAUAUGUACUUUAUCUUUGCAGAGAUAUCUUACCUCACUUCAGCGCCCUGAGGACACGGAAUUGGCCAUGUUGACAAGGACUGUGUCAACUAUCCCCGGGGCCUCCCCUGAGGAGUACCUUAUGUUCCUUCUGAGAGCGCAUAACAAUGAACACAAGGAUUCUCUUCCUGUUGUUGAUAUGCUAUGGUAAGUUCUUAGCUGUGAGCCUACGUGGCCGGCGUCGAAAGAGGAGGGGAGAGGAGGGAAAGGAAGUUUCUCCUUCGCGUUUUUAUCCCCACCCCUCCCCCCCGUUGUUGAUAUGAUGUGGUGAGUGAAGAGUUAUGGUAACGUCUUAAUUGUGUGCAUCGCCAAAAGCUGUUAGCCUACGUGACAGGUGUCGAAGGAGGAGGGGAGAGGAGGGAAUGGGAUUUUUCCUGCUGUGGUUUUAUCCCCACCCCUCCCCUCUCGUUGUUAAUAUGAUGUGGUGAGUGAAAAGUAACGGUGACAUCUUAAUUGUAUGCAUCGCCAAAAGCUGUUUGCCUACGUGGCCGACGUCGAAUGAGGAGGGGAGAGGAGCGAAAGGGAUUUUCCCUUUCGCGCUCUUCUCCCCAUCCCUGCCCUUCCCCUCCCCUAACCGUUUUGCCCCUGCUACGCAGGCGAAACGCCGUUGGCAAUAAAACCCGCUCGAAAGUGCGAUGUUCUUGCCUACAGUUUUUGUUGGUUGAUUGCGCUACACUAUUCACGCUAAAUCAUGUAGGUUUACUCGUUUUUUAACUGUAAAUCAAACUAACUGUAAAUCAAUCAAACAAUUUGCAAAUGGUGCAAACACUUUUCUUGCUAUUCUUCAUGUAAAAGAAAGGUCGUGAAAAUUUAAGUAUUUUCAACAUUACAGCUACGAACACACUGUGUAUGUUCUGGACGCCUUCAUUUACUCUAUGACUCACUGGCCACGCGCUGGAAAAGGCCUGGACCGAAGAGUCUCGAUCUCAAGCCACGAUGGAGACGACUCAGGUCUCAGUUCCUCUCAGCCUCUGCAGAACGAGGAAGGGCCCUCGGGACAAGAAACUAGGCCGUCCCCUAAUACUGCAGAAUCCAAACGACGCCGUCGCCAUAGCCAUGAUCGGGAAAGGAUCGUAACAUUUUUCGGCAUGGACGUGAUGCAUACUGAUAGAGAGAAGUUUCUAAACAGUCUGCAAGAUACAGUGCAACAGAAAUUUCCCAAAGUUCCCAAAGCAUCCUGGGAAGUUUUCACACAUAACGUGACAGUCGCUCGUCAGAAGUCUUGUGAUGAGACAAAUCUUGCGUUACAAAAAGAGAAUGAGGAAGAGAGCAAGCUACCAACCACAUUCAGCGCCUUGCCCAAGUAAGUACCGGUUGUCAUAUUGUUGGUUGUCAUAUAUUGUAAACAGAGUCUCGUAGAAACCUAACCACUAUGCCAUAGAGUUGUAAACGAGUAAGUAGUUCGGUUUUCGGAAGAAGCUGGAGGUUGUAGUCGAUAUUACUUCGUCGAAUCCGAUGCAGCGCCGAAAUCCUUGUUUUGGGCUCCUACCUGUGUACCCGGAUUUGAGUACGUGCCAUGAUUGGCUUGUUAAAAAUCCCAUUGUCGAUCUGCCAAUCAGGUUAAAGAGAAAUUCGAAACACACUUCGGAUAAUUCGUUGAGUCCGGUGGACUCGGCGCUGCUUCGCAGACGUUACUAACUGAGACUAGAUUACUUUGCGACGCAGGCUAUACCUAGAUAUGUUCUUUGUGUUUGCAGACACGAUGUGUCUUUCCCUCUUGUGCUUAUGUGGUCACCUGAUCUAGUGAUGGCCAGAUGGAAGAUCUCUGUGGAUCUGUUUUCCCGCAUUUUUCUUGCCGACGGGCCUGGAGCCGAGAGAGAGAGCUUCCUGGCGGCGCGAGCUGGUGUGGCGGGCAGACUAGCAAGGUACAGUAUAGUGACCAACAUCAAAUUUCUCGUCACAAUAUUAUUGCCAAAUCAAAUGUCCAGGUAAAAAGAAUGAGUGGAAUGAUCAGCACUGAGAAAAUAUCUUGAUGUUUGGACAAAUUCUCUCAAACAGUUCAGUAAGAAACAUGUGGAGAACAGUGAAGAGAAUAUACAUGUUGAUAUUGGGGCUUAAAGUUCAAAGUGGAAGUCAAUCCAGUAUUUUCUGUUCAGGACCAAAUCCGGGAUCGUGACAUUUAUCCACAAAUACAGCUGUGGGUAAACGGGCGAAAAAUGUGUUCCCUGGGGUGCUUACCAUUUACAUAGGAGAAAAUUCUGGUUGAAAAAUAAAAUGGUUCGCGCCAUUCCGUGUGAUUUUAGGGCAUGGAAUUUUUCUACUCUUUUUAAUCUGUUCAGCUGAUUUGGAUUUACGUUGUAGGGGUUCAAUCUCCCACCAAGUCAAAUUUUAUAGUUUAUGUUUAUGCAGAAAAUUUCCACCCGGGUCUGGUUUGGGUAAAUGGUAAGCACACCUGCCUGUUUCCGCCGAAAAAGUAGUAGUGACUUUAUGUAACCCCUUCCCCACCGUAAAAGAGAUGUCUUUGUAUGCUCAGCGAUUAGAGCAUCCAAACUAGAUCUCAAAGGGUCGGGUGUUCGAUUCUCACCUGGAGCUCGAAAGGGUUUUCUUUUUUUAGUUUUCUGGUGUUAGAUUUCUCCUUCUUCCAAAUUACGCCAGUAAGUUUAUAUUAGAACAGUGAUAAUCAUCUUUAUGUAUUGAUAUUGUUGGGGGAAUGUUUAUGUUGAUCAGUCUUGUCCUUCUUAUCAUCAUGUAUAUUUGUGUCCAGGUUCCGCCGCGCAGUUUCAUAUCUACGUGACUCUGUCACCAAUGAAUCCCAGCAGCUUGGUCCUUAUGGAUCAGUGGGAGGAAGAGUGGGUACCACUCUCUCUCUGUCAAUUAAGAGGCAAAAGAUCCUGGAAAGCACACUAAGAAUACUUGGAGAGGUGAUUAACAUUGUUUUAUAAUUUUGUGGGCUUACUGGAAAGAUUCUCUUUUUGUGUUGAUAGUUUUCUCCUUUCCUCCAUAUAAUUAGCCGAUGACCCAUUUUACAGUUGAGUAUUUUGUGGCCUGGUCAUUACAUGGAAGUGAGGCCGGGGUUAACAUCGUUAAGAUGCAAACCUCAGUACUUUCAAAUAUUUUUUUGCAAUAUAGUAUGUGAACGAGGCAAGGAGGAGGCAUCAGAGACCCGAUUUCAAGUCCCACCCUGACCGCGAGCUGUAUAUUUUUCUUGGUAGCACGAAGCUCAAUCCUCGACCACCCCUUGAUCUUGUAAAUACAACACAAGUAGUAGCCUGCACUUUUUUAAAGUGACUAUACUAUCGGGAUUUAUGUCUUCUCUGAUAAGCUGGACAUUUCUUUCUGUCCACUUGUGUUGUAAGGCAUGGAGAGUCCGUGUUACCCCACAACAGUCUACCUGUGUCCUACUUCUCUUGCAGAUGUCUACCUUUCACUAUAGCAACCUGCGAAUCAAGUUUGAAGGAGAGGAAGGAUCAGGGCCGGGUGUUAACCGCGGUUUCUUUGCGGCAAUGGCGAAUGCACUCAAAACGGAUGAGAAGGUUGGAUUAAGGAUAACAUAGUAUUUUAAGAUGCUUUGCCGUUGAGGGUUGAUUAAAAGCCUCUUUGGAUCCCCUUUUGUUUCUGUUCGAUUUUAUUGCUAUAUACCGAACGCGGAUUUGCCUCAUCGACUUAGGUAUUAGACAUCUUUAGAUUUGAAGACGAGAUUUAAUUUAAAUUUUUCUCGCGUCUUCUCAAAAAAUAUACUUCCCGGAAAGCUUCCUUGUACUUAACUUUUUAUCACCAGAAAAGUUAGCAGAGUUCUUUUUAUUGAAGGAGUCUUUGCCUUCUCCCUAUCGCAAAAUGAUAAAACUUCUUACCGUUGGUAACUUGUUUCCGCCAGUGCGACAUUCUCGCUAAAUCCCGUAGUAGAAUGACGACGGGUGUUGCGUUUUCCCGCUAAGUAGGUACUUAGUAUGUAGUUUUAACUGUUGAGUCUGUGGAUGAAAACCUAUGAUGUGACCAUUCAAAUGAAACCUCUUUAGCAGUACUUUCACCCGGUACUAUUUGUUUUUCAGCAUUUUUACAAAAUGGAAUUUAGAAAUUUUGUGACAUUUUGUGGGCAAUUUUAGAAAUGAAAUGGCUGACGUAAAUCAAUUCAUUUUCAGAUUCCUGAUGAAACUACCACUUUGCUACAUGAACCGGGAAAACUACCAGAGCAAAGCGGCUUCUACGCCCCAACACCAUUUGCCUACAACGAAACAUCUGGAGCAGCCGAGAAUCUCACGAAGGUAAUGCGAACUUGUCACGAAACCUUUCCGAAUGUACUUGUUUACUCACACGAAGGUAAUGCGAACUCUAACGUCUCCAUGUCAUCUCCGUUUUGCUGCAGACUCGUCGUCUUAAGAUGUUCACUGCUAUAGGCCGAUUCAUUGGUUUGAGUCUGUGGUUUAGCAACACUGUUCCAUUGAACUUCAGCAGACAUGUGGUUAAAUUCCUACUGGAAAGGUAUUGGUUAUUGUGGCUGUCAUUUAAAUAUUUUAGCUCUAGAUAUGCUAUCAGCUUUCUUUUGAAGCAUUCAAGGGGCACUUUGUUGUUUCUGUUCUUCUUUUCGAAUUGUGUCUUUUUUCCUUUGUAUAUGAAUAAUCUCCAACUUACACUUUGUAAGUCCAAAAUUGUUUUCGAAGUUGUACCUUUGUAUCGUCGUCUUCGUUUUUGUUUUGUGACGUUACUUCAUCCCUAGGGACUCAAGUUAGAGCUCAGAGUUGUUUCUGACAAAAUUUCCUCAUCACUCUUACCAAUUCAGCCCAUUCUUACGUCGUUUAAAAGUACCCUCAAUGAAUUUAGUUUCCUGUCCCAUGAGGACGGUAAAUUCGCCUUUAAUCUCAAAAUAUUCGCUUGGUUCUAAACAUUUGCAUCAUACACUUGGCCUCUCCCUAUUGUACGAAGCAAAGUCAACAUCAAUCAUAAUCCCUGCCAGGGUCCAGUUAGGCCGGUGACUAAAACCCCUUCCCCUCCCCCAUUCAUCUUCUAGUCACGUGACAUGUCUCUUGUAGCGUAAGGCACCUAACAAUUCCUAUUGUACUCCAGUUCAGAAACAAAUGUGGUCCUUAGUGCCAUUUUUAUUUUCCAUUGUUUUACAGUUUCUUUUUAUGAUAGUGAAAAAGUCGUUAUAUCUUCAACUUUUCCUUUAGGGAGGUGACAUGGGAAGACCUGGCUUUUUUCAAUGCCGACUUGUUUGAGGGACUCAGCCGAAUGAUUCUUGAUGGGACCCACCCGCUGAUGACCCCAGAACGCUUCCAAGCAACAUACUGCUGCCAUUUUGAGGUAUGAAUUCGACGCAGACAUCAUUCAAAUUGAACGAAAACUGUUUUAAGAACUCUUUAUUUAGCCUCCCUGACUCCGAGCAACUUUUUCGUAAAAAAGACUACAAAUCUCUAGACUUGGCUUCAAACUGUCCCUGGCCGUUGCUCCAAGCUAAUCUAGAAUCUAGCGAUCGACGCCAAAAAGCGCGUUGAUUUCGAAGGCCAAGCUCGCAAGUAUCCAGAACGCGCCACGGGCUCGUCUGUAAUGAGGGCCCUUGCAAGAGUUACGUCACUUUUGGAAUAGCAAACUUACAACACAGGUUUGCUUUACAGGUGCACUGAGAAUGUUUGUCGGGCUUGUUAAACGCUCGUACACUUUUCAUAGUAUUCAAGCCCAAGACGAAUUAGUAAGUUCUCUCAGAACGGCUCGUCUCAGCGUUGCUGAAAAGUUGAAAAAGAUCUCUUACUUGGCGUUAAAUGUUGGCUUUUUUCUUUUCAUGUUAUUUCGUGACAGACCUCAGUCGGUGGCACUACCGAAGAGCUUAUUCCUGGUGGUUCUCAGAUUCCUGUAACCCCAGAUAAUAUCUGCAAAUACGUCAGGUAAGUCAGUAAAUCAAUCCUCUUAGAGAUUGAAUAAACAGCUGCUAACUGAAACAAAACUAGAAGCACUACUGAAUUAGUGUCGAUAGUAUCACGCAGCCGUUUUUCGUCACACAACGCUCCUCUCGAAGUGGAGGAGGGGAGGGGUGUUGCGUGACGAGACAAAAACAGUUGCGUGGGAGGGGAGACUAGAUAUUACAGUACUAACGAAGUAAAUUGAAGUCAAUGCUUAUGCAAAACGUUUGGGAUAACCAAGAAGUAUAGGACUAUCAUGGUAAUACGAAAUGGCCCUUAUGUAUGAUUACGUCAGACGAGCAAAUUUCCCCACCAAGCCACGUUUGUAAGCAAAACACUUUACAUUUUCACUCUUUGGGCGUGAAUGUUCUUCUCAACUGUUCUGCCUCGGAAAUUCAUUUAUGAAAAAUUUGGCAACAUUUCAACUUCAAAACGACGCUUGGUGAAAUUUGCUCUUCUGACGUAAACAUUAAGAGUCAUUGGUGAAUAGCCUUGGAGUAGGAAUGAAAGUUCGUGGCUGGAUAGUUUUCCCCAUGGAGUUACUUUGGUCUUUAAGGAAGGCAAUGUAUCAUACUUUUUUACGAUUGUGAUUACUGGUUUGAUUUUUUCAGGUUAUACGCCACUAAAGUGAUGUUUGGCUGCGUAGAAGAUGAAUUGCGCGCAAUGAGAAGCGGUCUUCAUGACGUCAUACCGUCUGAACUGAUGUCGUCUCUCACACCAGAGGACUUCCAGCUGCUUGUUUCAGGUGGAACAACAGAUGUGGAUAUCAACCGACUUCGAUCUGUAAUCACAUUCAGUAACAGUAAUGGCUGCUCUGCCGAUAUACUGGAGCGAUUCAAGAGGUAAUGAAGAUCCGCCGUGUUUCAUUUCUUUCCUGGAACUCGGAUGAUUUGUAAACUGUUAAUAAAUGGAUUCGAUUUGCCAUGCGUUAGAUCACACGUCACAGUGUGAUUAAGCCACAGAGUUGUAGCUCGUUUGUCCUAAUGUUUAUAGUUUGCAACUUGCACAACUGAGAUAUGGUUCUAAGGGCGCUUCAGUCAUUUUGACAAUGAAAUAUGCUUUUUCCAAUAGUUUUUGCUGAAAAACCAUCUCCUUCGUCUAUAUUAUUAAAGAUUUGACGGAUCUGGUCGGAUAGUGUUGAUUAAAAGUGAAAUUCUCAUUACGACAGGAAUGGUCUGGCUGGUCAGUUCAGCGUACUAAGUUAUGAAAAUUGCACACGUAUUAAACAGACUUUAUAUCCCAUGCUAUAUCUUAAGCUCCUCAGUACUCUCUCAUAAACAAAAAUCAAUUGAAAAGGGAAGCAGUGCUUAUGACCUCGAACCUCCUCACUUGGCCACCAAAGGUACACUGAAUGUGUCAAAAGUCAACUGAAAACAUGUAAUUUUCUUUCCCUUCGUCAGGUGGUUCUGGUCAAUUGUACAGAAAAUGACUCCUCUUCAAAGGCAACAGCUGCUGUAUUUUUGCACUGGUAGUGCUGUUCUACCCGCUCUAUCUGAUAGAAGAGACCCCGACCAAGGUAUUGUGUUCAUACUAUUCAUUGUUAUUGAAAAGAUAAACAUGCUGCUGUUGCUAUUAUACUCAUUCGUUGCUCUGUUCAAUAAAUGUAGUUUCCGCCUGCAGCACUUUUAAAAGGCGGUGUUACCGUUGUGGUUCACGUUUUGUUUUCCUUUGUGUCAUUCUGAGAAAGGCAUGGAUAAAAAUUGAACCACAACACAGCCACUUGCGACGCAGAACUUCUAAAUAAGUGGCGAUACAACGUUACGAGUUAAAUCUUUAAGCAUUAACUAAGCAAAUCACUAAGAAAUAAAUUCAAUGUGUCCAUAGAAUACAUAUUUAAGUCCACUCUUUCCGUGCGAAGUCAUCCUGUUCUUUUUCCCGGGGUCUCUUUCGAACCAAAUGAGUUCGAGUUCGCUACCUAUAUAUUCGUCUCGCUGCCUUUUGGCAAAGUCCAAAAUUUGCACCCUCGGAGGGUCAAGCUUAAAUGAACGAGCAAUUUAUCACACAUGUAAAAGAUUUUUUUCUAGAGCGAUUAAGGGAAUAUUUUCUAUGGUUUACUGAAAGUAAUAUGUAGCGAAUUUGUUGUGAACUAGGACGUAGCGAAUUCGACAAGUAGCGAAACCGGUUGUUACCUUCCCACACGAAUAAGAUUGGGAAUAUGCCUGAACAAUUUUUUUUUUCGCUUUUUUUUAGAUUUGAGCAUCACUGUAGAAGUCAUUAGUGGCAAUACUAAGGCGUUACCAAUGGCAACCACGUGCGGUCAGCGUAUGAGUAUACCGCUCUACUCUUCCAAGAAAAUUCUAAAGCGAAAGCUUCUUCAAGCUAUUCAGUGUCAAAGCUACGGCUUGGGCUGAAGACUCAGAUUUCUGUCAUAUAGAUUUUAACCGUUUACCUCAUUUUAAGUCUGUUUUGCAACGAUAUCAAUCGAACGCUUGGUCGAAAACAUCUGGAUGAAGAUGAGGCUCGCCCAUGCGCAUUAUUUGUUUCCCACCCAGAAAUCUAGUGAAAUACCCAGGGACAGCGUCUAAAGGUUUUGUUGAACCAGUUUUAUUUUAGUUCAAGAAUGAUGUCAGCACCUGUACUUGCAAGAUCGUGUUCAAACAAGAAUGUUUAGUAAUUACCAGACAUAAACGUUUAAGUUGUUAUUGUCGAUGUUCAAGAGGAUUUGAUAGCAACGCUUGUAAACACGACAAUGGAAAAUCCAAAACAAUAGUUUUUCACCUAAUAUAAAAAUAGUUCGUAUUUGGUUUCCCGUUAAUUCCCAUUUCUGCCAAUAGAAGCUACAGUGCCAUUGUUAACAGAACCUUUAACAGUAGAUUUUCUUGUUCGUAGAACUUUUGAACUUUCUUUAACCUCUUAGUUCUGUAAGUACACAUGUCCUAGCAUGAAAUGUGAACAGUGGAUCAGUGACUGAUUAUUUUAUGUAAAGCUAGAUGCCUUGUAAAGUUUAAUUGUAGCUAUGAAAAGCAUCAUCUGUAAGAUGGAGUCCUCAAACUCGCUUAUCGAUCACGAGGAAAAGGUAGAUAAAUGAACCAAUAGGGUACCCCUCAAUGGCAGAGAUCACCUCACGCGGAUUGCUUCAUGAAUCUAACAAUUAGCAAAAAAUGCCAUUCUAUAUAACGUUUUUUCAUUGAAUUUAAGAGAACACUCUUUAGAAACAGUAAAUGCGGUAAGUGGUGUAGGAAAAAGACCACUUUUUACUCUCCGUUUGUCAUAAACGUACUGCUUUGUUCUCUAAAUAAAUAAAGGAAAUUACUACCGUGACGGCGACUUGUUACCAGAUCCAAUUACCACAAAUCUUAUAAAUUAUGGUCUGUCAGGCCGAGUAAAACGUCACAAAAAAGUGUUUCUUUAGGUAUCCAGACACAACAAGGAGACGUUUUUUCGUACCCUCAGCAAAGUACUGGAAUCAGCUUACAAACGAGGCUCGUGAAUUACCCUCGAUUUCAAGCUAACAGAAAUAGGAAAAUUGUUCAUUGCGGUGGCAAACAACAACAAACACUCGUCUUUGCAUUGUUUCUUUCUUAACAUUCUUCUCGUUGUUUGGAUAUCUGGAUGGAACACUCGCAUUUGAUGUACUGCUCGGGAUUUUAUUUUCUGUGUAGGGGAAAGUGUUUCAUAUUUACUUCUGUAAACUGAAAAUUUUCAAAAAGAGUUCCACUGUAGUUACUUAAUAAAUUCAGUUUUAAGAAACGUCGU